CUGGACAACCAUUCCUUAAAUGCUCGAUUUACUUCUCCAGGUGAUGACCUAUUCUUCGUUGGCGGCGUAGAUUUUCCUGUACCCACAGGAGAUACAGGUGGUGUUCGUUUCCCACUUUCUGGAGCAUUUGAAUAUGGUACUUCGCCGUAUUCCUAUGCCCAUGGCAGUGCAUUUAAUCCAGUCUCGCCGUUUGAUUUGAAGUCAUUAAAUGAUGAAGAUGUAUCUCAGACGGAUCCCAAACUACAGAGCCCGAAGAAGAAAAUCAGUAAGCAUGAGUUUCAUAAGAAAUUUCGAUAG